GUUUGAGGCUUGGUCGGCGUUCUGCGGAAGAAGCGAAUCAAGGGGGGAGAGCAGGGCGCCGCGGCGAGGCUGACGCAAUCUGGGUUAGGGCUCCGGCCCGACGGUCACAUGGUGUCGCGGGCCGCCCGAAAACCGGCACCUUGGCCGCCGCGUUCGGGGCCCCGGCUUUUGAGCCAGCGAAGAAAUUGGCUUGGCACGUGUGCUUCGUGAGAAAUUACUCGGCCCUGUGUGCUUUCGUCGCGAGGAGUAGCGGGAUCGUCCCGACGCUGCAGCGCGCGUCUGCGUCAACUGUGUGGCCCACGCGCGCUUCUCGAAUUCACAGACUGGCCGCGUCAGCUGCCAUUUGCGCACGCCGGCGCGUGGGUGUCUCGGGGGCUGCGGAGCGUUGCACCCGGUUCCUUUCAAUACCUCCAGCUGGCACCCACCUCAGCCUCAUCGCGGCCCACGCAAGAGGCCGUGUUUCUGCCAGAAAGUCCACCUCCUUGCAUAUCGUUCACGGCAAGCGUUUUUCGGGUCACGUGUCAUCCGCAAGUGCAGCAGCUUCAGCGCCGCGAAGACGGCGAGCAAUGACUUCCCUUGCUCCUGACAAGGAGCAACAGCCAAUGAUGGAUGGUGUAGUCAGUGACGUUAUAAUAUCGCGCAAGGACGGAGGCUUAGCCUGGCUCGUCUGUCUAGCCUCGUUCUGGGUGCACGGCGCUGUGUUUGGUAUUAUUAACUGCUUCGGCGUACUCUACCCAGUCAUACACGAUCUUGCUCCAGACAAGGCACAGGCCUCCUUCCACGCUUCACUAGUUGGUUCGCUAUGCGUGGGGUCAACGUUCGCCAUGUCUCCAGUGGCGAGCCUGCUGGCAGACAAGUUUGGCGCUCGGAUAACCGUGGUGUGUGGUGGCAUUAUAGGCUCCAUAGGACUCCUUAUGAGCUCAUGGGCUUUCAGGGUACCAUACUUGUGGGUCACAUAUGGUGGCCUGCUGGGAGUCGGAUCUACAAUGGCGUACGCACCCUCUCUCUCUGUGCUGGCGCACUACUUCAACCGCAAGUUGGGUCUAGCCAACGGCAUCGCCACGGCCGGCAGCUCCGUGUUUACAGCGCUUCUACCAAUUCCACUUGCGGCCAUGAUGGAUGCCAUUGGACUGCAAAACACGUUUCGGGUAAUGUCCCUCCUGACGCUGAGUGUAGCUCUGUGCGGCAUGGCCUUCAAAACACCAGUACUCAUUCACACUUGGAAUGACGAGGACAAGGAACCAAACGGCUGCUGCGACGUGUUCAACAGGUCCAUAUGGAAGAAUCGGCGGUUUGUCGUCUGGGUGAUCGCGAUUCCUUUGGCCCUGUUCGGCUACUUUGUGCCGUACGUUCACCUCGUCCAGCACGUGGAAGACGUGUUUCCCGACGCGAACGGCGAGACGCUCGUCACUUGCAUGGGCAUCACAUCUGGAUUGGGACGCAUCUUGUUUGGCAGGCUAGCCGACCUUCCCAGUGUUAGUCCCGUAGUUUUACAGCAGGUGUCGUUCAUGGCCAUGGGUCUGCUCACGCUUUCAAUAGCUGCAGCGCACACCUACGUGUCCCUGGUGCUGGUCUGCCUGUUGCUGGGGCUCUGCGACGGCUGCUUCAUCUCGCUCAUUGGACCAGCGGCGCAGAGGCUGACCGGGGCCCGUGGUGCCUCGCAGGCCAUCGGUUUCCUGCUGGGACUCUGCUCCGUUCCGCUGACCGCCGGACCCCCCGCGGCCGGGAUUCUGUAUGACCAAAGAGGAAAUUACAACCUCGCAUUCUUGCUUGCUGGCGUGCCUCCAAUUGUGGCAUCUAUUCUCAUGUGUGCCAUACAUUUGAUAAAAGUGGACCCCGAUGAGCAGCGCGACGUUCAACCAAAGGAAAGCGACAUCCUUGGAGCGAGGCGGCUCAGUGCACUUGUGGCUUCAGAGCCGUGAACGGAUUAUAAAGAGAGCGGGACUCUGAAUCGACAGUUUCGUUGCCGCGAAUACAUGCACAAUGGCCUGUGGUGGUGCCCGAUGGAGAAACUGAAGAGGCAGCGACAGCCUCGCUAUUCAAUGGAAAGCUCAGUACGAGAACUGUGAGAGCGUGAACGUGAACAGGGUAACUUUUCCAUCCAUUUGUGCCGCGAUGGAAGCAAUCCAAAUGAUGAUUGCUGCCGAACGCUGCGCAGUUUCAUCUGCUCUAUUCGCUGCAAGCUGGACAGGUGGAGUCUACAAGGACGGGGAAAUAUCAAGGUGCCAGCAGUGGAUACACAAAGUCAAGUCGUCAAGCCGGCAAAGCCAAGUGUCGACAGCUUUCUUUUGUGUUGUUUUCUAUUACUGAAGAAUACGUUGCUGCGUUAAUUG